UACUAUAAGUGUCACUGUCAUGUUUGUUUGCCGCCGCUCGGCCAUGUCAAUGCUGCUGGUCAUUAUGUUGUCGACGCUCGCCUGAAUCGUACGAUUAUUUACUUCGCGUGUGAUUGAAACUUCUCGUCAAUCUGCAAGAACUUUCUGGACAGUGUUCAGUCUAGCCUGCAUUUUCUUGUUGUGCUAUAAAAGCGAACAAGAGUCGCACUUAUUUUGUCCCUUAACAAAAGGAACAAGUUGUAUUAACUGUUUCUGGGAUAUUAUGCGAAGAAGUGCAACAUGGCUACAGCUGUAGAUUCUCCUUUGGUGACCACAUCAUUCGCAUUGAACACUGGCCACGAUAUGCCUGCAGUUGGAUUGGGGACAUAUCGCAUCCACAAACAUGACACCAUCAUGCAUGUUGUAGACGAAGCCCUGUCUGCUGGUUACAGAAUGUUUGAUACUGCUGCCGUUUACCGCAAUGAAGCAUCCCUGGGGGAAGCAUUCCAGUUAUUGCUCCCCCAACAUGGCUUGGAUCGUGAUGACAUAUUUGUCACUACCAAACUCUCACCAGCUGAUCAUGGAGAUAAAGAUAUAGUCAAAAAAGCGUACCAAGCAUCAUUACAAAAAUUGGAGAUAGAUUUUAUCGACUUAUAUUUGAUGCAUUUCCCUGGCACUGCUAGAUUGCAAAUUGGGGAUCCUAAGAAUACUGAAAUGCGGCUUAAAACCUGGGCCAGCAUGGUUGAUCUUUAUGACGACGGAUGGGUGAAUGCCAUUGGUGUCUCCAAUUUCACUGUCCAUCAUUUACAACAACUUAUGGAGGCCAAUCAUGAUGUAUAUCCUGCAGUGAAUCAGGUCGAGUGGCACCCGUUUUACUAUCAAAUGGAGUUGAUGGACUACUGUAAGGAAAAUUCAAUUGUAUUACAAGCAUAUUCUUCUUUAGGAGGAAAAUCAGUCCAAAAUGAUGAUUUACUGAACCAUCCUGCUGUUACGAAAAUAGCCAGAAAGCUUGAGGUUACCAAUGCCCAAGUAUUACUAAGGUGGGCAUUGCAACAGGAGGUUGCAAUCAUUCCUAAAUCUACUAACCCAGAGCAUAUUCGUCAAAAUAUUGCAUUGGAUUUCACCAUCGCCCCUGAAGAUAUGAAUAUUCUCAACAACCUCGAAAAUGAAGUGAAAUAUGCAUGGGAUCCCAGUAAUGUCGUCUAACUACGCCGCCGCCGUAAGCGCACUAAAUCCAGAAGGUGCCGCUAAAGGCUACUUGUUACUUGCAAAGGGUCGGUCGUCAUCUCGAUACACUUAACUCACCACGAAUGUGUCCACUUGGUGAAACUCAAAAUUUUAACAUUUAUCAUGUCGUCAACUCGACACGUUUUAGAUUUAACCCGACUUCACUGUACUUUUUGCUUGAAAUCGGGUUAAAUUCUAAAACGUGUCGACUUGGUGAAAACAUAAAAGUGUAUAAUUUAAGUUUCACUAACUGGACACGCAUCAAAAUCUUAAUGUGUCGAGUUGACGACAUGAUAAAUGUUAAAAUUUUGAGUUUCACCAAGUGGACACAGUCAUGGUGAGUUAAGUGUGUCGAGAUGACGAAUAACCCGCAAAUACAUUCACAUGUUUAAACCAAAACACACUACCAAAAUCAAAUUUCAAAUCUACACAACACUAUAGUCCCGCAACAUGAUCAUUCUGACCCCUGCUACAUGUCUGUUUAGCCAACAUUUUCAGAUAUCAGAAUUGCUUCAAAAAAUUUUGACAUUCCAAAUAAACUGGUAGUUCAGCACUCGUUACACCCUAUGGUAAUAGUGUUGUGCUCAUUAAUGUAUUUUGAACACAUAUUGAAAAUAAAUAUAAUCACUUACUACAUA